AUGAUCAGCUCGUACUCGUACAAAUUCAUCAGUCUGUUUUUGGGUGGUCUGGUUGGAAUCGGGGUUGCAGUUGCCAUUUACAUUAGAAGUUGCUCAGAAAAGAAAGAUGAGGUAAGCGGAGACCGUGCUGAAAAACAUGAAAAUGCUCUGAAAGAACAUGAGUACAGUGACGAAGAUAGGAGUGAUGACAAAAAUAUUGAACACCUCAACAACCUGACGAGUAACAAUAACAUAAAUUCAAGUUGUAACAUCAAUGACAAUAUCGAUUGGAUAAAAAAUAAUGAUCGCCAAGAUGAAAAUUUGUUUAAUAUAUUGCCUCCUGAAGAACUAAUCAGUUGUGAUAGUUUUGACAACCUGGGAUUAUUUGACACCGAUCAUUUAACAAAUAAAUUUGAAACUUUGAAUAAAUUGGAUGACAACGAAUCCAUCGUAAAAGCAGGCAGCUGUUCCAAAGAGAAUAGUAAUCGCAAAACAAAAAUACCUCAAAUUAGUUUUAAGGAUGUUUUUUCAGUCAAAGAGUCUGCACCAUCUAUCGGUGCAUCUUUAGUUCAUACAUCUCCGAAUUUUGUUGAGACAAUCAAAUGCAAAUCCAGUAGACCACCAUUACAAAACACCAGCAAACAAAGAGGCACUUCGAAAAUUGCAAAAUAUUCUUCGAAAACAAAAUCAAAACCUUCCGAAGGCAAAACUAAGUUUACGAGUUUCGACAACAUUCUCAAUGAAGACAAAGACGAACAAAGUUACCCAAUAACAGAAACUAAACUAUCACGUUUUGACGUUAACUAUAAACCAAACUUAGAAAAUUCCGCUGACAAAAACAAGUCUAAACUGUUAUUCAAACAAACAAAGCCUAUCCACAAAGCAUCGCCUUCAACUCAAACAUCAUCCACUAAUAAGUCACCAAUAUAUUCAGCGAAUGAAAUAAUGUACUAUCAAUCGAACCUACAAAAAAAUGAUGCGAAAAAAAAAAUAACUACUAAGGAAAAUCUACCAACAUAUCAAAAAUUGUUUCCCAGGCCACAAAAUGUAAAGACGGAACAUUCAAAACCAAUUUUUUCCACAAACAAAACAGUCCCAAACACAUUCACGAAAGUAGACCAAGCAACGAUUAGUACAACAAUUUGUAAUCAAACAAGGGCAGUUAAAGAGGGUAGAGAUUGUAUACCAACUUUGGUUACAAAUUAUAAAAUUUGUGAUGAUUAUAAAAAGAGCGAAUUUGAAAAUAACAAUCAUAACACCACUUAUAAAGACAAUAAUACCAAGAUUCACCAUUACGAAGAAAAUGAUUAUAAGAGUAAAAAUUACGACAUCCGCAAUUUCAACCGUUCUUAUCAUGACAAAAAUAAACCCACAAAAAAGGUGGAUGAAUGUUUAAAUGCAGAUAAUAAGAAUAAUGACGUUAAUGACAACGAUGACCAAGGAGAGGAAGAUGAUGACGUCAUUUCUUCGGUGGAUUCUCUCAUCACGGAUCAAGACGGGACGAAUUUGUUGGUCCGAGACGAGGAUGAAGAUGACUUCAGAGAUCAAACAAAUACAUCAAACUUAAACCUUAACGACGUUUAUGAAGAUAGCAACAAAAACAAUUCAAAUAACAUUGAAAACGUUGAUCGCAAUCACAACAAUUACACUAACGCUUCUUUCGACGACGAUUUUAGUGAACUAUUUCGAAAAGAGCCAAAUGAGGACUUUAAUUUUUUCGAUUCUAUAGAUGAAAGUUUUAAAGGUUUUAACGCCAAUAAAGAAUCAGACAUUAGCGUAAAUAAUGAUGGUGGCGAUGAGAUUGAUAAUAAAAAAGAAACUGGCCGAGAAUGCGUUAGUGAUUGUGAUCGCGUUAACAAUAAUAACAUAUAUUACCCUUACUACGAUUAUAAAGAACCAUCUCUUUACUUCCCUUCUUUCAAUAAUGACAUUAAACUAAAAAGCUUCACUGACAACGAUAAAGACAUGGGGACCGCCACCGAAUUCGUAGAAGAUGAUAGUUCGAAAAUUUCGUUAAAAAAUAAAAAUAGAUUUAGUAACGACGAUUGGGUUGUUAAUAAUAAUUACACGAGCAAUGCUUUUGACGACAACGAAAAUUCAAUGAUAAAAAUGAAAGAAGCGGAAGAAGAAUUAAUGCUAAAUAUUGCGAUACAAAAUAACGACGUAGAUGCCCUGUACAACGUGAUCAAAAUGCGAAACAUCGAGAACACCUUCCUUCUGUCCAGUGCACUUUUGGCUUUAACAGAACUGGCUCAGUCUCCAUCGUUUCAUUCUUCCUUUGUAACGCAUGUCAGUUACACGUUGCUUCUACUGGACAUCUAUAAAGAUGAUGACCACUUGAAGAUCCACACAAUGAAUAUUUUGCUGGAAUUAUCAAAAUAUCAGUCCAUGGUACCUUACUUGUUGGAUGCCAAAAUAAUAAACGCCCCCAAAUAUUUCUUGAAGCUCUUUUCUAUGAACGUAGCGGAAGAUGUGCUGCUGACCUGGUUGGCCUUCGUUGCCAAUUUGAUUGAUUACAUCAAAAACGACGUUAUACCACGAACUUUUCAUGCAUCACCACAAGACAACUCGCCGCUUCAAAAUAGCAAAUUGUUAUCAACUCUGCAAUCAUCGUCAUCGUCUUCAUCAUCUGGCGUGUCUUCGACUUCCUCAUCGUCCUCAUCUGCAUUUAAAAGCAAGAAAAAUAAUAAAGAAAUCGACCUUGAAGAUGAUCCAAGCUUGUAUAACUUGCUUUACGACAACCACAGAAGGCCAAUUGUAAAAAGGAAAGUCUAUGCCCUGACGCAUCACUUCAACACUCAUAUUACGCACAUGGCGAGGCAUAUUUACUGUCGGAUGAACUGA